CGGGAUGCCGUAGCUGCCUGUUUUUGCUCCACGUCGGCAUCUGCGCACUGUUCGUCUUACCUGCGAAAUGAGAAGCGACAUAACAGCACCACUGACACUGUAAGCUGGAUGCAGGUCCAGGCAAUAAUAUAAUACAAAUAAAAAAUUCUGUACAUUUGCACCUGCUGUAGUAAUCAUGUUUAAGAAACUGAAGCAAAAAAUUAAUGAAGAACAGUCUCCACAGAGGAAUGUCCUGUCACCACCACAGGCCCAGAUAAAUUCAGGUGAAAAGCAUGGCAAACCACUAUUACUGCGCCAGGAUGCUCCUUCUUCCUCAAGUGACAGAGAGCUGCUGGCUGGGAUGAUAGCAGAGCCUGCUUUUCUUUCUGAAUAUACUAUCUUUGCUCUGGACCAUUCAAAUCGACCCAAAGCGGCCCAGGUGUCUAGUGCGACCAUUACUAAAAAAGCAGUUGGUUCUUCCAGUGAAAGCAUGAAUGGAGAUGGCGCUGCAUCUCCCUUGAGGGAGGAGUCACAGUCUCUUGCACAGAAGCUGCAGCAGAGGGUGUCCUCAGUUGAAUCUCUUUUUCGGGUUUCCGGACGUGCUGAGGGGCUUUUCCGCUCUGGAUCGAGGGACAGUCUGGUUCGUAGCUCGUCACGGGAAUCCCUCACUCCUCUGGGGGAGAAUGAGGUCCCAGGAUCCCCUGCUUUCGACCCUCCAUUGGACAUUGAGAGUGAAACUGAAGAUGCGCCUGCCAAUGCAGAGGCUCUGUCCAAAGACCAACUCUUAUAUCGACUUCAUAGGGUGGAAAAGAGCCUUGCGAACUAUAGAGGGAAAUACUCUGAGCUGGUAACAGCCUACAGGACAGUACAAAGAGAUAAAGAUAAAACACAGGCAAUCCUCAGUCAGAGUCAAGACAAAGCGCUACGGAGAAUAGGGGAGCUCAGAGAGGAGCUGCAAAUGGAUCAGCAGGCUAAAAAGCAUCUGCAAGAGGAGUUUGAUGCUGUUCUAGAGGAAAAAGACCAAAUGAUUACUGUCCUGCAGACUCAAGUUGCCCUCAUGAAGAAAAGGCUGCAUGGCUGCCCUGAGGCUUUGGUCUCACCUGAUGCAGCUGACACCCAGACAGCUGAUUCUACAGAGAUAAUCUCUGACCCCCUAAACGCCACCCAGGUGGAUAGUGUGGAACAAAAUCAAGCAGGGGGCAGUGGUAUGCCAGACAACACUGCUGACUUGGGAGUUUUGCAGAAACGAGUGCGGAGGCAGGAGACACUUUUGCAGCGUUGCAAGGAGAUGAUUAACACCAGCAAAGAGCGCAGUGCUCAGCUCAGCAGUGAGAAUGAUGCCCUGCAGCAGCAACUGCAGGAGAGAUUGCAAGAGCUGGAAAAGAUGAAGGAACUUCACACAAGUGAGAAGACCAAGCUGAUCACACAGCUCAGAGAUGCCAAGAACCUAAUUGAGCAGCUGGAACAGGACAAGGGUAUGGUUAUUGCUGAGACCAAACGGCAAAUGCAUGAGACCCUGGAGAUGAAGGAGGAGGAGAUUGCCCAGUUGCGCACCAGGAUACAACAGACCGUGGCUCAGAAAGAGGAGCUACAGGAACAGCGAGAGAAAGCAGAGAAAGCUGCUUUUGAGGAGUUGGAACGUGCCCUGGGCAUGGCACAGAGAGCAGAAGAAGCUCGGCGUCAGAUGCAGGAUCGCAUGGAAGAGCAGGUGAAACAGGUGGAGCAGGCCAGUGAGGAAGAGAGGCGGAGUCUACAACAGGAGCUGACCAGGGUCAAACAGGAGGUCAUAACCAUAAUGAAGAAGUCCACAGAAGAUAGGAUAGCGGAAUUGGAGAGGAAGCACACAGAAGAGCUGGCUAACAAGGACAAACAGAUGAAUGCCAAGAUAAUUGAGGCAGUGGAAAAUAGUCGUGAAGGGCUGUUGAAUGCAGCACAGGAGAAGGAGCAGCAGGCUUCUUUAGCUGUAGAAGAAGCAGAGCUACAGAAGUCAGCUGUGCAGGCUGAAGGAGAAGCCAAAGCCAGGGAGCUACAGCUAGAGCUGGAAAGUGCUAGAACUAGAAUUCUUGAGCUGGAGAGUUCCUUGUCUAGGUUGUCACAGGGGGGAGAUAACCAGGCAGAACAUUUCACAGAGAUUGAACAACAGAGAAAGAAAUAUGAUAGUGAAAUAACUGCACUAGAAAAAAGGCAUCAGCAGGAGCUUGAGAAGUUGAAGGCAGAACAGACAGACAUUUUAAACCUACAGCACUCAACUGCAGUUGAAGAGCUAAUGCAAAAGCACAAGGCUGAGAUCAAUGCUAUCAUGAAAGACAAAGAACAAGAGUUUCACGUCCAUGUUAAGGAAAUGAACCAAAAGGUGCUGGAGAAACUAGAUAUCAAGCAGGCUGAACUGGAGGCUCUGAACUCUGAGCUCAGUGAAAUGCAAAAAUGUAAAGAGCGUCUAAAGGAAAAACUUGCAGCUAAUGAGUCAGUUAGGAGGGAGUUUGAGGCAAAGCUAAAGGAUGAGCAGAUAAAAUUUCAGAUGGAGGUGGAAGAUAUAAGGCGUCAACAUGAGCAGGGGAUGGGAGGACUAGAGAAGAAUAUGGAAGAAAAGCUAAAUCAGCUAAGAAUGGAACUAGAGGAGAAGGAGAAACAGCUUGAAAAUUGUGCUGUGAAGGAAAAUAUCUUACAAGAUGAUGUCAAAAAGGCUCAACAGGAAGUGGCAGCAAAGUCAAAGGAAAUUGAAGAUCUAAGGAGUGUUGCACAGUCUGAGAAGGAAGCAUUUGCUGAGGCUGGUGCUCAGUAUAAUUCUCUGAAAGAAGAACUUAAAGAGUCAAAGAGUCAAGUGCAAAACCUGGAAGGACUUCUUGAAGAAUAUCGUAAUGAAUGCCAGCAGAAAGAAGAAGGUCUUCAACAGAAAACUACUGAAAAUGAAGAACUAGGACAGAGGAUACAGCAAGCCAUAAAUGACCUGGCUGAAAAAGAGAAUUCACACAUUCAGUCACACCAAGCAAUGCAAGAGGAGCUAAAUCUGUUAAAGAAGCAGUUAGAUGAGGAGGGACAGGUCUAUGAGAAAAGAGCUGAAAGCAUGAGAAAAGAAAUGGAGGGCCAGUUAAAAUCCCAGGAGACCAAAAUGGAGAAACUAAAACAAAAAGCCAAAGAAAUUCAGGAGAAGUUAAAGAAAAAACUUCAUGACCAAGAAGAAAAUGCUAAAGCAGAGAUAGCCAAGAAGGAUAAAGAACUGCAACAGCUAGAGCAACAGGUCAAAGAUAAAAUUCUUGAGAUGGCCCAGGCAAGCUCAGAGGGCCUCAGCAGUGCUUUAUCUGACUUGGAAGUGAAUCACAAGGAGGAGUUAAAAAAGAUCCAUGAAGUUCAUAAACUCAAGCAAGAGGACCUUCUUCACCUUUGGCAGGAGAAGCUAUCCCAGCAAGCGGAAGAGCUCCAGGAGAAGCAUGCCUUGUCUUUACAAGAAAAUGUGCAGGAGUUGGAGAAAUUGUCUCAACGGUUUUUAGCCAACACAGAGGAGAAGGAACAAGUCAUUCAGGAAGUAAAGAAUCUUAGGGAAGAGCUUUUAAUGAGGGAAACCACUGUGCAGAAACUCCAGACUGAGCUUAGAGAAGCUGCUCUUAAACUGGAAAGCAUGUCUGAAGUAGAAGAUGUCCUCAAAAAGCAGGUCGAGACCAUAGAGAAGAACUUAAACCAGGCAUUAAGUGAAAGGAAUCUUCUUCAGGACCAGGUCACUAAGACUGAGAAAACGAGUAAAGAUAGAUUUGAGACACUGUCCCAAGAGCUAGAAGAUGCAUACAAGAAGAUUAAUGUACUUGAAGCUUCCAGAGGUAUGGAGGGUGAGAGCCUGCAAAGAACACUUGCGGAGAAGAAUACUGAGCUUCAAAAUAAGGAAACAGAGUUUCUCACACGCAAUAUUGGCAUUAGUAAGGAGCUAGAGCAGCAUUGUCAGUGUGCACAGACAAUGUUAAAUGAUUUUUCAGUUGAUUUGUGCAAAAGAGUAGAAGCAAAGGUGAAUGAACUGCAAAAUAGGGUUACAUGUAAUCAGCAGAAACUGUGGAAUCUUAAAAAUGUUAUUUUGACAAAGGAUGAAAAAAUUUGUUCUUUAAAGGAAGAGCUACAGAAAACCCUAGAGGAGAGCCAGAGCCUCAAGAACUCACUUAAUCAAAUGGCCCUUCAGUUAAAUGCAAAUUCAGAAAAUUUUGAAGCCUUAAAAAUUGAGAAAGAGUAUUUGCAAAAAGAUGCCAACAGUCAUUCCCAGGAACUUUCUGAGAAAGUUCUUUGUAUGGAAAAACUCGGUGAAGAAAACAGAAACAUAUCUGGAAAACUUGAAGCUAAUAUUUUGCAUAUCAGUAAUUUGGAGAACAACAUAGCUGAGCUAAAGAACCAGUUAUUGGUUAUCUUAACUGAAAAGGAGGAAGCCAUAUCUCUGCUGAAUCAGCAGCACCAUGAAGAAAAACUAAAUAUCAAAAGCCAUAUGGUAGAGGCUGUGGAACAGGCAGAAAAAGAAAAAAGCGUAGCUAUCGAACAAGCAGAUACACUAAGAAAUAAACUGUCUGAACUUAAAAAGAAGACAGACUCCAAGCUCACUCAAAACCACAACACCGUCAAAUCUCUUAAAUGCAAGAUUGAGGAGAUGGAGAAACAGAUAACUGAGAAAGACGAGCACCUACAAAGACUCACUGCCAGCAUUGACAAUCAGUCUAUCAGUAAGUCAGAGAUGGACCAGGUUCUAAAUGAGAAAGAGCAGAGAGUAAGUGCCUUGACUUUAGAGUUGGACAACUGCACAAAGAAAAUAAGUGAACUAGAAGAACAACUUAAAAUGCAGACAAAAGAAGAGGAACAGCUAAAGGCUGAGUUCCAACAGCACCUUAACUUGAGGGAAAGUGAAAAGAUGGAGCUGAUUCAACAGCUCCAGCAAACCAAGGAACAGUGUUCUCACAAAAGUGAUCUUGCCUGUGAAAAUGACGAAAAACUUCUGUCUUUAGAGAAAGAGUUCCAAAAUGUCAAACAACAACUGGAAAGCCAGCAAGAAAACUUUGUGAGAGAGAAGGCACAAAUUUUAAAGUCCAAAGAAGAAGCUUUAAAGACAGCAGAAGAGAGUACAAUUAAAGUAGCUGAACUAAAAAAGAAAGCUGAGCAAAAAAUUAGCUUGCUACGUAAGCAGCUGACUUCCCAGGUUGAGCAGAAGGAACAGACCAUUAAGGAUCUGAAGGUUCAGCUGGAGAACAUUACGCAGAGGCAUCAGGAAAAAGAACAGCAAGUAAAGUGUUUGGAGGAAAAUGGGAGCAAAAUGGAGGAGACCAUCAAUUAUCUAAGGGAAGAGCACAAAAAGCACCUGGAGCAGGUACAUCAUGAUGGAAAAUUAGAAAAAGAAAAACAUUUGCAAAAGAUGGAAGAAAAUGCAUUUGUGGUAAAUGAAGCAGCUGAUACAGGAAAUGAAAGAGAGCAAGAGGCAUUGUUAAGGCUGAGGGAGCUUGAAGCCAAACUUAUUGAAUCCGAAGAAGUAAACACUACCUGCCAAGCUAAAAUCAGCCAACUUAAAGCAGAACUGUGUGAACAGAUGGAACUGGUUCAGGAGCUUCAGAAGACUUGCUCGAGUCUUGAGGUCCAGCUUAAAGAGAGAGAGUCUAAUGUCAUGCAAAUUGAUAAGUGCUCCUUGGAGAAAACUCAUAAUCUCUUGGGAAUGGAGCCUGGAAUAUAUGCAAGAGAACAGGACACUAAAUUAAAACAAGAAGCCUGGCGGAGUGAAAAAGAUCUUUUAGUAAAAGAAUAUGAGAUGAAGCUCCAAGACCUCAUCAAGAGACUAGAGGAAAGGGAGAGUCAGCUUAAAAUCCAAGAAAAUCUAAAGAUAGGAUUAGGACAGACCGAUGGAGAAUGUUCUACUGAUGGGUCUAAAAGCCCAGAGAACAAUUUACAGCAAAAACUGGUGGAAACUGAAAAUGAGAAGCAGAAGAUUCAAAAAGAUUGCAGCCGGUUACAGAAAGACCUUCGCUCUCUGAGAAAGGAACAUGAAAAAGAACUGGAAUAUCUGAGAAAAGAAAUGGAAGAUGAGAGUGAGAAAAAGCUCAAGAUUGAAAUGGAAGAUUUGGAAAUAAAGCAUAAUUCUGUACUUAAACAGAUGAUGAGAGAGUUCAACACCCAGGUAGCACUAAAGGAUAAAGAGAUUGAAGCAUCAGUGAAGGAGGCAGUUGAAAAGGCCCAAAGUGUUGAAGCAGAACUAAUGGUAAUCCAUCGAGAAGAGGCAAAUCAACUUCAAAAGAGUAUUUUACAGAAAGAUGAAGACCUAAAAAGAACUGUUCAACGUUAUGAGCAAAUUCUUCAGAGCCGUGAAGAGGAAAUGGGCACAAGAGUGUGGGAGGUGCAAAAGGAGCUGGAGGAGCUACAGCAAAGGAGUCUUAGUGGUCCUCAGGGUGUUGAGGAACUUCAGGUACAGCUUGCUGAGAAGACCACCCUGCUGAGUGAAGCCAGGCUAAAAGAGCAGGAACACCAAGAUAGGAUCCAUACACUGGAGGACAUGGUACGGAAAGCUUACAAAAAUUCAGUGGUCACUCACCUAGGAAAAGAAGCCUCACACUACAAUGCUGAUCCCUUCACUGAGCCUACUGAGUUUGAGUAUUUGCGGAAGGUCAUGUUUGAAUACAUGAUGGGGAGAGAAACUAAGACUAUGGCCAAAGUCAUCACUUCCAUGCUGAAGUUUCCAGCAGAUCAGGCACAGAAAGUACUGGAGCGAGAGGAUUCCAGAGUGAUGCCUUGGCUCCGGUAAGGUUGAAUUCCAAAUAGCCGACCGAGGUACAGCUCAAUUCUUCUCCUGCUGCUAUUGACCAUGGAUCAGAGGGGCUAGAGUACUGCUAAUAACUUACCUUAAUGCUUACCUUUAUAUAUUUUUGUGUGAAAGAAGUAAUGUAUACCAGGUUGUGAGUAUGUAUACUUAUGGGGUGAAUUAGACUGAUUCAGAUGAAUCAGGAUAUUAGGUUUGUUUUUAUAAUAAAAAAUAUAUCUGAUUUUUUUUAGAGCUUGGGUAAGAUUAUUUUUCUUGUUUAAAAAAAUCUAGAUUUUAUAUGGAUUUGUGCAAUAAGUUGAUUUUUGUUUUGUUUUUCCCUCUCCAAAGUUUGUAUUUUUUUUCUUCUCUCUCUCACACUCUCCCUCCCCCCUUUAUGGUUAGCUGGAAUGGCCAUGCCUAGUGCACAUGUAAAUAUGCAUAUUUCUUCAACUCAAAGUCUCUUAGGACUUUGUAACUACAGCUUUUAAAAAUUCUACUGUAUUUUGGGGAGUAAAAUAUAUAUAUUGUAAAUUGUAAAUCAAGGGAAGAAGAAUCUAUAUAGCUGUACUACAGGGCAUAUUGUGACUGUUAUUAGCUACCUUUAAAAACGAUUAAUAAAUUGUUCUUUACCGUA